AUGAGCGACACACGCCCGUCCAUAAUGGUCCGCAAAUUCCUGCAAGACGAUCAAUCCGAAGACCCAAAUCAGUACCAAACAGCGUUUGACGGUUCUGCUUCCAAGUCCCCCGAAGAUGGUUGGCCUCGAGACCCCUUCCGACAAGAAUAUUGCUUUUUCUACGGGACACUAAUGGAUCCACAAACGCUCUCUCGCGUCUUAAAAUUGUCAGAUCCAACCCACGUUCUGCGUUGUGCUAGAGUAAUAGGUUACAAAAUCAGGCUCUGGGCCCCUACCCUGCCCUUCUUGAUGGCGCAAAUUGAUCGACUUGUGGCCUAUGAGACCGACAAAUCUCAGCUACGCCCUUGCCUAAUCGAGCUUCUGAAUGAUGAUGACACAGAAAAGACCAUCGAGGGUGUCACUUUUAUGUGGAAUGGUCGACAGGAUGAACUACGGGAAGGUUUGUUUGAUCUUAAACAAUGGAAAAAAGAGAAACAGUUGAGUGAGUUGGAUUAA